UAAUUAUGCCUGUUGAGUUAGAAAGAAUUUGAUCUCGAAAAUACAUUUGUUAAUGAUAUCUGUAUCGUUAUGGUUUACUCAACAAAUACUGUUAUGAUGUUUUGAGCAGUUGUACUAGAAGUGGAAAAAAGAAAUUUUAGAUUUGUAGCUUUGAACAAAGUAUUCAAAAUGGCCAUGACAAGGGAAAAACGUGAGGUCAUUCAAAAGAAUUUUACAAAGUUGACUGAAAAUAUAGAAGAUAUUGAUCGUGUUGUAUCAAAUCUGCUGUCAGCUGGAGUUAUUACUACUAACAUGGAGGAAGAAAUCAUGGCAAAAACUACUAAAAGGAAUAAAAUAAGGGAACUUUUAAACUUAUUACCAAAACGUGGUCAGGUAGCAUUUGAUAAAUUUUACACAGCUCUGAUAGAUUCAGAAGAGAACGUAGCAGCAGAAUUUAUUGAACCACAUGUAAUAAAUCGCAGUUUAGUGGGGAGCAGAUUGGAAAAUCAAGUCACAAAUCCUGAAAACAACAGAGAUGAGCUUCCAGCAGUAUUUCCUCCAGACCAAGAAGAAGAAGUAGUAGUAGUCCCAUUUUCAGAUGCAGAUUCAGUUAUGACAGCAAAUUACCAUAAGUCUUUAGAAGUGAAUAAUGAUGAGGUUUAUAAGAACACUAAAGGUCUAUAUUUGUCUGCUAUUGUUUAUAAGAACACUAAAGGUCUAUAUUUGUCUGCUAUUGUUUAUAAGAACGCUAAAGGUCUAUAUUUGUCUGUUAUUGUUUAUAAGAACGCUAAAGGUCUAUAUUUGUCUGCUAUUGUUUAUAAGAACACUAAAGGUCUAUAUUUGUCUGCUAUUGUUUAUAAGAACACUGAAGGUCUAUGUUUGUCUGUUAUUGUUUAUAAGAACACUAAAGGUCGGUGUUUGAUAAUUUGUAAUGAAAAUUUUGAUGAUGUAACAAGAUUAUGUGAUUUAGAUUGGGAAAAAGAUGUUGGAAAUUUAAUGACACUAUUUGAAAAAUUGCGUUUUUCAGUUGAUAUAAUCAAAAACUGUACCGUACAGGACUUAAAGAAAAGACUGGAUAGAGAUAAACAGAAAGAUAUGAAAGAUGUAGAUUGUUUAGUGGUGUUUGUAUUGACUUAUGGUGAAAACGGACAACAAGUAUAUGGAACUGAUGGCACGUCUAUGACUAUCCAGUCCAUCGUCGAUUAUUUUUACCCAACUUCCUGUCCAGGUCUUUCUACUAAACCAAAACUGUUCUUCAUUCAAACUGUCCCUCGUGAUCUAGAAGGAAUGGAUUCUACGGAUGGUACACCAGAACAAGGUGAAAUUUCAUUGAAAAAAGGAGUUAAUAAAAUACAGAUUGGACAAUCAGAAACAUCAGAUUCUGAUGUAGAAGCAAGAAAUAUGCCGUCACGGGGAGACACGUAUCUUUGUGUUUCUGCCACCUCAGACAAGGUAAAACCAGAUGAAAGUGAUUCUGGCUCAAUGUUUAUCCUUGCUUUAGUAUAUGCAUAUAAAAAUUACUCCUACUCAAAUGAGCUGGGAAAGCUUACACUGAAGAUGAAUGCCUUAAUAAAAAAAGGAGAAAUAAAAAAUGGUCGCCCAGUAACUAUAGGAUCUUCUGUCGUAUCUUCAUUAGCCAAAUCUUUGUAUUUUUUUCCUAAAAACUGCCCGUGA